AGCGACGAAAAACGUAGGGAGAGGGAGCGAAGCAGCGAGGAGUCGAGGGACGAACUGCGAGACGGCGAGAAAGAGAGGAGCUCGCUGCGCGUAGCGAGCGGCGGCCAUAUUGUUCCAGCGCAGUGUUUGUUUUGUCGGUGCGAGCUGCGCGUUGGCCACACGCGCGCCUACGAAUCCCGUCCCCGUCAUCGGGGAAGAACUCGGCCCGAACUCGCAGUCUCGUCGCGCAAAAUACUCUCGCGUCUCAAGAGAUCGUCCUCCCAGGAUCGUCGUCUCCUCGCCUCGUGGCGCCGCUCCCCGUGUCGCUCUGCGCCAGAUCAUCGCGCCGCUCCCCUUUAUCCUCGUUGGCUCCGUCUUGCCCCCUUCCCUCCACCCUCCCCCUCUUUCCCCCCCUCGGGGCCGCGGCCCGAACGACUGGGUGUCAGUCGUAGACGGCGCACAGUGAGCCCGAGAACACCGCGCCACUACCGUCAGCAGUGUCAGCAGUAGCACCAUGGCGUGCGCCACACUCAAGAGGUCCUUGGAGUUCGACCCGGUGCACAGCCACGGCCGACCCAGCAAGCGACGGAGGUGCAUGCCCAUGUCGUGCGCGUCGCCCGGCGCGUCCGCGUCGUCGUCGUCGUCGUCGCCGCGCGGUGGAUCGCUGCCGCACAAAUCGUCGCCGUUCGGCGAGAUAGCCAGCAAAUUGACGCCUGAAAAAAUGGCUGCCAACAUCAGAGAAGAAAUUCGCAGAUUGCAACGGCGUAAGCAAUUACACUUUCAUCCUCAGACUAAUAGUGGUGAUUCAUCAGACAUGGAAGGUCCUUCCAGUCCUUCUGGCUCUUCUUCGACUCCUUUUAGUCAUAGUUCUAAUGGAAAGGAAAAACCCCUAUUCACAUUUAGACAGGUUGGCUUGAUCUGCGAACGAAUGCUCAAGGAGCAAGAAACGCAAAUUCGAGAAGAAUACGAUCAGAUCUUACAUUUAAAACUGUCUGAACAGUACGACGCUUUUGUCAAAUUCACAUAUGAUCAGAUACAAAAGAGAUUCGAAUCUGCGGCUGCACCGAGUUAUCUAUCAUAAGAAAAGAGUCUUAUUUAUAAGGAGAUAUUUCUGUGAAGAACAUUAGAUUUUUACUGUGUGAGAUAAAUUUUGCUUACGUCGAGAUUUCGCAGCAUCACCUUGUUGUGGAAAUCAUCUCUAAAAGAAUAAGAAAUUAUGUUUUUAUCAAAAUAUCAUGGCUGGAAAGAAAAGAAAGGAAAAAAGAAGCGGAAGAAAAAAAAAAUAAUUAAUGACGUAAGUUCAUAGGAAGAAAAAAGAAGAAUUACGUCGAAUUAUUGAAAAUUUACCAUGUAUACUUUCAAGACUAACAUAUUUGUACUGUUCAACAUUAGAAGUACGCUGGUAUCAGGGAACUGAUUCUACUUAUGUACAAAUGUUAUUACGGUUGAAAAUAUGAUACAUGUGCAGUGCAAAGCUUGAUAUCCAGCUGAAAGAGGGAAAGAGAAAAAGAGAAUUGAGAGAUUUUUCUCCUAGCUUAUCACAAAUAUAUUUUUCUCUUAGCUCAUUGGAGGCAGGUUAUAAAAUUGCAGACGCAGAAAUUCUUGAGAUUUUGUACACGUUAUGCAGAUAGAGCAUUGUGUCGAAUGUUGUAAGUGAUGUAUUCCAUAUAAUUUUUCAUUUACUCGUCUUGAUGCUAUGAUAAUUUAGAUAUUGCUCAAGUAUAUAUAGCAAACAAUGCUCUAAGUAUCUUAAUAUAAACGUGUAUCAUCAUUUCGCGAAUUUCGAGACAGAAGAUAAUGUGCGUGAUUUAAAAAAGCCUUUCCCGAGCUCUAACUGCUCUGCGAGAAGCGAGAUGACAUUUAGAAUUCAAUGUAUAAUUGCGUAAAUUAAGAAAUUAAAUAGUUCUAUGAAUUAUUUGUAAACCGAAAUCUACACGUGAAGAAUUUAUUAGUAUAACUUGUUAAAUGAAUAGUAAAUUUUUAUUUCGACUCGUUUGCGAGUUGUAAUCGGCUCGCGUCGAGGAGAUUCUAAGAUUUUUGUUCGACUAGAAAAUUAGCCAUUUUGUGUAAAAAUACAAUUGUAAAAUUGUAAAACAUUUUGCAGAAAUUUUCAUUGCAGUUGUUAUAUUUGUUUUACUCUUUAUUAAACAUUUUUAUAAAAAAAAAAAAAAAAAAAAGAUCUCAUUUAAGAUAUAAACGUUUACAAAAGCCGCAAAAAUGUCGGAAUAAUAUCGUAGAUUAUAGUAGGCAUUGUAUGAAGGCAUUGUGAAGCAUAAAGUAUUUGGAAUAAAGAUUUCAUAAAAUCUCGUCA